CGCUGAUGCCGUGGUGGGUGUGGUGGUGGAUGGAGGAGCAGAGGGUCUGAAAUCGGUCCUGGAGCAGUUCAACUCGACGUCACACGAACAUUCCAUGUCGUCCGAUCCAAGCAGCACAUGCACGGCCUCUUCCUCUCCUUCCACGUCACCGCGGCUCAACGCGGGCGUCAUCAACUUCUUGGCAUGCCGUGCCAUGACCACGCACCACCGACCAGCAGCAGCACCACCAUUUCCCGUCCACUCGCCGGGCUCCUCCACCGGCUCCGCCGACUCCGCGCCGUGGAGUAGCUGCUGCCACCACCGCCACGCCCCGGCCAUGCUGCCCCCGCUGCCGUCCGACACCAGCGACGCCGACGAGAAGCUCCUGCUCAACGUGCUCUCCCGGCACCAGGGCGCCUCCGUGCACAAGGCAGCGACGGUGGCGCUGCCGCUGAAGCAGGGGGCCGCCGAUGCCGAGCGCGCGUUCCGCGGCGUGCGGAAGCGGCCUUGGGGCAAGCAUGCGGUGGAGAUCUGGGAGUCGACGCGGAACGGCGUCAGGGUGUGGUUGGGCACGUUCGAGAGCCCGGAGGCGGCGACGCUCGCUUACGACCAGGCGGCCUUCGCCCUGCGUGGUGGCGCCGCCGUUCUCAACUUCCCCGCCGACCAGGUCCGCCGCUCGCUCGAGGGCACGGAGGAAGGCGUCCGUGGGGUGUCGCCCGUGUUGGCACUCAAGCGGCGGCACUCCAUGCGGAGCCGAAAGGCCGCAGCGUCGGCGGCGGCGUGUCGCAAGGCCCGUGGCCGGCCGGAGGGCGUGGUGAUGGCGCUGGAGGACCUUGGCGCUGAGUAUACCUGGAGCUGGUCGUCGAGUAUGGCGUUGGCGAGGGCGCGGUAGGACUAACAGAGUGAGCGCAGGGGUGUCCGCCCACUUUGGGCAUGAUGCACUCGCGAGCGCGCCGGCUGGCACCGGCGAGGUAUCUUCUGGAGGGCGGGGUGAGUCAUGGGGAUACGCGGGAGGAGGAGGCUGCACGACGUGCGGCUCGUGCUCCCGUGUCUGACUUGGACACUCCUUCUAACCAUGUCCAGCUACAACAAACAACAAAGGUCUGAUGCGGAUUGGUCUUCCCUGCUAUAAGAAACAACGAGCAGUAUUCAGGUUGUCUUACUUGGACCAGAUAAUCAACGAUCCUGAGCUAAAAUCUCCAUCAGGACGCGGAUUGGUCUUCCCUGCUAUAAGAAGCAACGAUUCUUAGCUGAAAGCAGUAUUCAAGUUGUCGUACUUGCUGAGAAUCAAUGAUCCUGAGCUAAAAUCUCCAUCAGGUUGCGUACUUGGACCAGAAAACUCAUUAAUUCCUGGAGUUGGACCAGAUAAGCAUCAUGCAGCCUUCAAGUUCGACUGGGGCACAAGCAACAAGUUCGCCGGAGGUAGAAGAAUGUUCGCCGGAGGUACAAGAAUCUUCGCCGGAGGUAGAAAAAUAUUCGUCGAGCCAUCCAAUAUCGCCAACAAUGGCUACACCACAGAGUAUACACUAACCGAUCAUGAUCUAUGUGCUCAUAUAGCAAUAGAAUCAAAUCCUGGGAAAAAAUUGAUGGUUCAGAUAGAUGGAAGUAUUGUCUUACAAAAGCAAUUAAUGUGCCUGCUAGAUGAAAAAGAGUGGGUCAAUGAUGAUGUGAUCAAUGCAUAUAUAUAUGUUGUAUAAAGGACCAAACACAUCUCCACAAUGACAAUAUUGUAUAUUUUGAGAGUCCUUUUGUUACCUCACUAUUUAAACGUGAUGGCGAGCAUGGCAUACAACAAGAUAGUGCCUUUAUGA